GCUAGAAAUGAGGGGAAGGUGUUGCUUCCUUUCAUCAGAACUUUGAUGUUUCUUGGGGACAUGAUCAUGUUUUGGCCCUUGGGCAUGGUGGGACUAGGAUUCAACUCACCAUGGAUGAGCAUUCAGGAUGUGGGAUUAUGUCGAAACUCAAGUAUGGAUCCGGGUUUUUUCGAAUGAGAUUGAAGCUCCCGGAGAGAGACUCUACUGCUGUUGUCACCACUUAUUAUUUACAUUCUCACACCCCUCUUCACGAUGAAGUCGACUUUGAGUUUUUGGGUGGAAGCAAAAAGACUAUACUACAAACGAAUGUUUACACAAAUGGUGUAGGAGGUAGAGAACAAAGGAUUCAUCUAUGGUUUGAUCCCGCCUCGGACUUUCAUUCCUAUUCCAUUCUUUGGAACCAUUACCAAUUAGUGUUUUACAUAGACAACAUCCCCAUUAGGGUUUUCAAGAACAACACAAGACUUGGGGUAGGGUACCCUACGCAAGGAAUGAUGAUAGAGGGGACUCUAUGGAAUGGAGAAGGGUGGGCAUCAAAUGGGAAACCCAUAAAUUGGAGAGAAGGACCCUUUAAGGCCAUCUACGAGGGUUUCAAAAUUGAGGGGUGCCCUUCAGAGGGACCCAUAAUUUCACAGGAGUGUGAGACCUCAAAGUAUUGGUGGAAUGGAGAGAAGUUUAGGCAACUUGACCCUGUACAACAAAGGGCCUAUGAAAAUGUGAGAAGAAAGUAUGUGAAUUAUGACUACUGCAAUGACAGGUGGAGGUACCCAGAGGCCCCUCUAGAAUGCCAAGAGCAUAAAUAA